UCGCGAGGUUGAGACAUUUUCGGGCCCGAAACGGGAAGGAGCCGCCGCCGCCCGCCGCCAGCCCGCGCCGCGCCGCCCCCGCCGCUCGUCCGGGCCGGCCGCGCCCUCCCCGCCCCUCCCUCUCGGCCCGUCCGCGUGUGGCGCGGUCGCCGGGCACCGGGGCUGCGGCGGCCGGCGGCCGGGCGGCGGCGGCGCUGCUGACAGCAUUCUACAGUUGCCAUUCAGCUUCUCCCAGUGCAGCCACAAAGUAAACAGCUCAUGACUUCUGAUCAGGACACUAAGGUCGUGGCUGAACCGCAGGGCCAGCGAGUCCAGGAAGGGAAAGACAGCGCUCAUCUGAUGAAUGGUCCCAUAUCGCAAACCACUUCUCAGACAAGCUCCAUCCCAGCUUUGAGUCAGGUACCGACAGCCAAGGUUUCGGAGCUAAACCCUAAUGCUAAAGUGUGGGGGACUCCUGUGCUGCAUUUGGAAGCGGGUAGCUCAGCGGAUGGUGGUGUGAGUGCAGACUGGGAGGAGUCGUCGGGCCCUUGCACAGACUGCGGCCAGGAGGGAUUGGAUGCCAAUGGCGAUGAUGACAAAAGUCAUGAGAAUGUGGCACUAUCAGAUUUGCAGGAGUCAAACCAAACCGCUGGGAGCACUUUGGCUCUGGAUCGCUCAGAACAUGAAUCUUCACCUGAAAAUAGUGAGACUGGAGGUAAUGAGUCUCAGCCGGAAAGCCAGGAGGAUCCCCGAGAAGUACUUAAAAAGACAUUGGAAUUCUGCUUAUCUAGGGAGAACCUUGCUAGUGACAUGUACCUUAUAUCGCAGAUGGACAGUGAUCAGUAUGUGCCAAUCACCACGGUAGCUAACCUGGAGCACAUCAAGAAGCUCAGUACUGACAUGAACUUGAUCGUGGAAGUGCUGAGGUCUUUACCUUUAGUCCAAGUGGAUGAGAAGGGAGAAAAAGUAAGGCCAAAUCAGAGUCGUUGCAUUGUGAUCCUGCGUGAAAUACCUGAGUCCACUCCUGUAGAAGAAGUAGAAGCGCUAUUUAAAGGAGACAAUUUACCGAAAUUUAUAAACUGUGAAUUUGCCUAUAAUGAUAAUUGGUUUAUUACAUUUGAAACCGAAGCUGAUGCACAGCAGGCUUACAAGUAUCUGCGAGAAGAAGUGAAAACUUUUCAAGGAAAACCAAUUAAGGCACGGAUAAAAGCAAAGGCAAUAGCUAUAAACACAUUUUUGCCAAAGAAUGGAUUUAGACCUCUGGACAUGAGCCUUUACGCGCAGCAGCGCUACACCGCCUCCUUUUACUUACCUCCUGUCUACAGCCCCCAGCAGCAGCUCCCCCUGUACAGCCUGAUCGCCCCCCACACGUGGUCGGCAGCACACAGCUAUCUCGACCCACCCCUGGUGAGUCCUGUCCUUACGUGGAGCUCGUGCGGCAGGACGUCGUGGACACUGCACGAGGUAACUCCGUUUCCAAAUACUGGAUUUAUAAAUGGGUUUACGUCUCCAACCUUCAAACCUGCAGCAUCUCCUCUGACUUCGCUCAGACAGUACCCUCCAAGAAGCAGGAAUCCUAGUAAAUCUCAUCUACGCCACACCAUUCCCAGUGCAGAGAGAGGAGCUGGGCUAUUAGAAAGCCCUUCAAUAUUUAACUUCACUGCAGACCGCCUAAUUAAUGGUGUUCGAAGCCCACAAACACGGCAGACAGGUCAGCCUAGAACGCGGAUACAGAAUCCUCCAACCUACACCAAGAGGGAGGUUGGGUCUGGUCGAGUGGAGCAGAGCAGUGCGGAGUCGCCUCCUGGCUUAGGGAGAGGGAGGAAGAAUUCCUUUGGCUACCGGAAGAAACGGGAGGAGAAGCUGACAAGGAGUCAAACUCAGUCUCCAACGCCACCAAAGCCCCCAUCCCCGAGCUUCGAAUUAGGACUGUCCAACUUCCCUCCGUUGCCUGGGGCAGCAGGCCACCUGAAGACAGAGGACCUCUUUGAAAACAGGCUGUCCAGCUUGUUAAUAGGGUCCUCAAAAGAAAGGAGCCUAAAUACGGAUGCAAGCACGAACACGCUCCCCGCGGUGAGCCCCAGAGAGCCCUUGGUGCCGGCUUCCAGUGCUGUGUCCGCAGCCUAUGGGCGGUCUCCCUCCCCGGCCUGUCUGCCCGAGGAUCCCAAGGUGGUGGAGAAGCAGAGAGAAGCCUCAAGUGUGGACAGACUUCCUUCUGCCCUGACGACAACGGCAAGUAAAUCAGUGCAGGUGAACGGCGCUGCCACGGAAUUGCGAAAACCCAGCUAUGCGGAGAUUUGUCAGAGGACGAGUAGAGAGCCUCCGUCUUCCCCGUCGCAGCCCCCAAAAGAACAAAAACCCAACGCCAUCAGUUGUGGGAAGGAAGAAAAGAAGCUCGCCGAGAGAGAGCCCCCUGCCCCCAAGUCCAACCUGGGACCACCCAAAGACCAGAGGAGGCCACCGGGCCGCCGGCCCUCGCCCCCGGCUGCCGGGAAGCGUCCACACAGAGAACAGAGCACCCCUCCCAAGUCCCCUCAGUGAGCGCCGAGGUCUGGGAGGGCUGUGAGGAGCUGGGGUCGCCACAACUAAGCACUGUCCCACUCGGGGCCAAGAAUGAGCCGCUGGUUAGGGGCUUGCAGCGUAGACAAGGCCGGUGAGGUGCCUGCAAGUGGUUUUUCUUCCAUGAGUCGGAUUUUCCCCCUCUUGAAAAAAAUCUAUUUUUCAGGAUUUAAUUAAUAUAAACCUUAUUUUAGGUUGGUGCUUAACUGGAGGUGAUGCAUAAGUCUGAUUUUUUUCAGGAUAGAAAAUGCAUUUAUCCUAACAAAUUGAUAUUUUUAUUAAGCCUCCAUGUGGCUAUGAAUGCAAGCUAUAUAUAGUGAGUUUUUCUAAAUUAAGCGGAACUAUGCUACUUCAUUUUUUAAAAUAACUGGUUAGCAAGUGCAUUCCUUUGAGAUGUCCAGACCGAUGGGUGGGCUGAAGACCGCUGGGAUCGGGGUUGGAGGCGACACGGUCAGUGUGGCCCGGAGAAGAAAAAGGGGUCAGGUCAUGCCCCCGCUGGCUUGGGAGUUGUACUUCAUUCAGAAUCUUAGCAAGUGACGCUAGUGGUUUUGGUUUUGUUUUUGUUUUUUUAAAAAAACACAGCCCAUUAUUGACCUACUGGGCGAGAUGCACCCCAGAGAGCCCUGAAACCUUGAGUUUUGAUGUGCUGCAAGCAAGUAACCAGCCUCUCACUCCUGUCUCAAGUGGUUGUUGUGUAAGACAGAGUCAAAGCACAUUGUGAAUAGAACUUAAAUGAAAACAUAAACCUGGUUGCCCACUCACGUGUCCCCGCAAAAAUGUACCCUGAUGUUGUCUUGCUCCCGAGAGCUGGCGGGAGGGCGUGGGCACCCCCGUGGCCCCCGCGGCUCCCCCGCAUUAGCCGCUGUGUGGGCGCCUUCCCGUGGCUCCGCGUCGGCCUGCAGUGGAAGCGUUGCUUAAGUCGUGAGGGAGUGGAGUCUCGGGGGGGCUCGGUGGUGAGGCUGACGGUCCCUCCCAGACGAGGGUCUCACUGAUCCCCUUCCGGAAGUGCUGCACUCUGAAGAACGCGCAUGCACUAACGCUAGCGGUUCAUAAUAAAGUUAAAUAUAAAUUAUUUUGUUUUAAAAUGCCUAAAUUUUUUCUUGAAGUAUUCUAAGCAGACAUUAAAACAUUUCCUGCUAAAUGUAACCAUACAGUUUAUUCCACAAAAGGUUAUUUAACAAGACUGAGGGUUCUUUUUAAAACAUUAUUUCCAUCCAAUAUUUAAAGACUUGAAUUUUAUUUAAACUUGAAAAUGACUUUGCCUUAACUUUUGUAUAAGACAGCUUAGAGUUGGUGGAGACUGGCCCCCGGGUUGGCACGAGGGGUACAGAGCUGCUCAGUCUGGUGGGGCUGCCGCCACGGGUGUCCCCGAGCGAGCAUUCUGUAGCACAGGUCUGCAGUACACCCCGAAGAUCUCCAACAGUUGACCUUCUUCAGAUUGUUGAGAAACCCUGUAAAUGCAAAUAGUCGAUACUGUAUUAAAUAUGUGCACUUGGGAGUGUGUGCUUUGCUUGUACAGUUGUAAAUAAUCAGAACAUAUUAAAAAGGUACCCUAAAGAGAAAAAUCUGAUAAAAAUUAUUGAUAUAUUAUAAAUGUUGCUAUUGAGCUGGAUGUAGAUAAACUAAAUGUUGUGGUUUGAAUAUUAUUUUAAUUUGUUGAGGUGUUUUUCUUUUUCUCUGAUGCUGGUGUGUUGGGCUGAUUCUGCCUCUUUGCUGCUGCAGAAGGGAAAUGGAAAGUCCUAGCAGAGCCUUCCGACGUUUUCAUGCUCUUCUCACAAGUCUGUAAAUAUGUACUAAUCAUAGCUAAUGUGAAAUCAUAGUGUAGGAAGCAGAAACUGGCAGGAGCUUCAGGAGAAAGCAAAAGAGAAUCUACUUAGAACCCUAACUGCCAGAGGAGAGCCAGGCCUGGUGCGCUUGACCGUGUCCUUCAGAGAAGCCGCCAGGACUCACUGUCUAGGAGUACACAGUGCUGGUGUAAAAGGAACAGGAGGAUUUCUUUUUUUGUAGGUGAGGGAUUGCUGACUUAAAAGACCAGGAAUUAGUUGACCUCUGUCGCCCCGUCCCAUGAGUACUGUAAGAAAAGCUGGCAAGGCAAGCCCCAGGAAGGGCUCACUGCGGCGACCUUCGCUGGAGGAGGAGCGGAUGUGGUCAGCCUUGGUCACCCCCCCCCCCCAGGGGCCGCAGACCCCGUGUGGAGCUGACACUGGUUUUCAGCAAUGACAGACCCUUGCCCUGGCGGCAGGCUGUGCGCUAGAGCCAGCCGUAGUCGUCCGCGGCCGGCAGGACGAAGGGGGCCACUCGUGACAGCGACGGGGCACAGCCGGGCACGGGGGCGGCUGGGGCGCGGGAGGGGCGCGGCCUGGCGGUCCUGGACCCCCCGUGCCCGCUCGCCGCACUGCGGCCCCUGUCCUUGCAGCCCACGUCGCUUGCACCCAGAGUUGCAGCCUCGCUCUGGCGGGAUUUUUAUAGCACCCUUUUUAAUUAAGCAACAAUGCUACACCAAACAGCUAUGUAACGUCCCAAACCCCACCUUCCUGAGAUCAUUGUGAGACCUUCCCCUCACAGAAGAGAAGGGAGCCUGGGACGUGGCACGGAGACGGCUCUGGCCCGAGCAGCCACAGCUGGUUGGGGGCUUCUGUCCAGUUUUAGAAGCAGAAGUCUUUCCUUCCCCCAGCAGUAGUUCAGGGUGUAGAAUCAGAGAUACAGCAAUCACAAAUGACAUUUUAACUUGUAAAAUUAUGUGAGGAUACUUGUAAUUUGGAACUAGCGAGAUGAGAAUCUGGCCCCAUUUCACCAGACAUGAAUUUCCAGUAGAGUCGUUGCUUUUUAGGAGUUGGUGUCCUGAUGUUCCUGGCCCGGCCCGCCUGUCCUCGCAUCACUGAUUGUCACUGGUGGGUGGCAGAAGGCGCUUCCGGCGGCUCUGUUAGCCAGGAUCACGCAGUUUACAUUUCAAAGCCAGUUCAGUUUGUUACAGGGGCAGCGGGUGAGGAAGGUGCGUGUCUGUGCCCGCCACCAGCGAGCUGCAUUUGGGGGCUCGUGCGCUUCGUGGCCUGUCACCCCCAGGCGCCCCAGACAAUCCAAGUCAGAAGCAGAGCCAGCAGCUGCCAGUCCGCCGAGCGGGACGUGCUACGGAAGCUUUCUUGAGGGCCUUUGUUUUUGUUCUACUUCUUUUCAUUAAGACUGGAAUCAAGCUUACGUGUAAACUAUUGAUAAUUUAAGUUUCCUUUUGUGUCAUUCAGUGUAAAACUGUCUAAUUUGAAAAAAAAUGUAGGUUAUGAAAAAUAAAGAUUUAGGCACUGUU